UUAGGAAACAAAGGGAACAUAACGGAAUUUUGAGUGAGAAAAAAUAAAAGCGAAGAUAGAGAAAGGAGACCACAACUAGAAAAAUAUCGCCGCCCUCCUCCCCCAUUCUCGGCAUCGAAAAGUUUGUCCGAUCACCGGGUAAAUGCUUCCGGUGGACGGAACCGAAGUGUUUGCCCCACGUACCAAACGUCCUUCUUCCUCUCACCUUUCGUCGAUUGCUCAAUUCUUGUGAAUGAUGGAUUCUCUCAAGGAACCAGAGAUGGUGGAAAUCCCUGAGAGCAGAAGGACAAGUUCCUGUUUCCGUCUGAUUCUGCGAUUAGUUCUGCUUUUGCUCUUUCCCUUCUUCGCUUUCCUCCUCUUGUCAAUAUCCACGGCCUUCAUAGCCGUGCUCUCGGGGCAAUUAUCUAUCACGACGCCCGUGUCUGUUGCCUCUCGGUGCCGGAUAGUCUCCAGUGGUGUUGAUCUCAGAUCAUCUAAAGUUUGCGAACUUGGGUUGCUGAAGUACAAAACAAAGAAUGUCUUUCAUCCUUUUGACAGAAACAAAUUUCGAUGCCGCUAUGAUUAUUACUGGGCUUCUGUGUUUGAGGUGAUAUUUAUGUUCUUGUGGCUUUCAUUUCUCUUCUAUCGUCUCAGAGUGUUAUUCUUUCCAAUUUUGCCGCCUCAUUGUUUGAAAUAUAGUACACUCAUCACUCAUUCAGGAAUCCAUAAGAGGAUCAUUUUCGCUUUACCAUUGCAGGUGGAAUAUGAAGAUCAUUCCUUGGGACGGACACGGCAUGCUUUAGCUGAGGCUCCAAGUGAGGCGCUUCCUCUGAAUUGUAGGCCCAAUUUUGCUGCUGCAUGGAUGGCCAAAGAUAAAUUUAAGGUGAAUGAAACUUACAAUUGCUGGCACAGGGAUGGGAUCUCUCAAGUGAGCUUAUACGUCGAUGACUUUCACCGCUGUAAUUCAAAAGAUCCUUCUCUUCUCGAGAUUAUAAAUCAAUAUAUCAGAUUGUUGAUCGACGCUCCGAGCUCCUUGUUCAUUCAGAAGACGGGAAAUGCCACCAGAUUCUGGAAAUGGGAAGCUGUUGCUGGAGCUGUCACCGGUUUCUUGACUUCCUUAAUCACCAUCUUCUUCUUCUCAGUGGUGCAGAUGGUGAUGCCCCCAGUCCCUCAGACAUGGGCAUACAUAGUAAGGGUUCUUAAUCGGGCUAUCAACCUGGUAGUCUUGAAGCGUGCUUGUUUUUUCGUGGCAUACUUUUCCUUCAUGGGCUGGUUGACUAUCCAGUACGGGAAACGGCUUGGCAUGCCAGAGAUUCGAGUUGGCUAUAUUUAAUCUAGGAAAAACUUGUGAACCAGGUUAGUGAAAUGUAUCAUCAUUGUAGUUAGAAGAGAAACGAUGGAACCAACCGUGGUUCCUGUUUUGUAUCAGGUAAGAACUUCUAUAGCAUAGGGAAACUGUACAAUUGAAACAAACCUCAACAGUGUAAUUGAUGUGAAUAUCAUUCUGUAACCAAUUACUUGAAGAAUGUCAAAUCGAGAUUAUAGCUGGUUGAAUUGGCUACA